AUGGAGUGGGCGAGUGAUUUCAGUGAUUCAAGAAAUGAAAGGGAUGAAGUGCAUGUCCUAGACUUACUAGAACCUCACACGAAUUUGAAAAAGCUCAUGGUCUCAUUUUAUGGUGGAUCAAAAUUCCCAAGUUGGAUAGGAAGUUCUUCAUUCUCAAACAGGGUGGAUCUUAAUAUAAGAAAUUGCAAAAACUGCACAACGUUAGCAUCUCUUGGGCAAUUAUCAUCACUUAGGAACUUGUGCAUCACAGGAAUGGAUGGUUUGAAGAGGGUUGGUGCUGAAUUUUAUGGGGAGGUUUCUCCUUCUGUAAAGCCCUUUUCAUCCUUGGAGACUCUAAUAUUUGAGGAUAUGCCAGAAUGGAAAAACUGGUCAUUUCCUUAUAUGGUUGAGGAAGUUGGGGCAUUUCCUUGGCUUCGUCAGCUUAGGACAAGGAACUGCCCAAAAUUGAUCAAGUUACCUUGUCAUCCACCUUCCCUUGAAAAGCUUGAUGUAUGUGAAUGUGCAGAGUUGGCAAUUCCACUUCGAAGACUUGCAUCUGUUUACAAAUUAAGUUUAACAGGAUGUUGCAGGGCUCACUUGUCUACACGAGAUGGGGCUGAUCUCAGCUCCCUCAUCAACAUAUUCAACAUUCAGGAAAUUCCAAGUUGCCGAGAGGAAUUUAAGCAGUUCUUGGAGACCCUCCAACAUUUGGAGACAUAUGACUGUGCUUGCAUGGAGAAGUUGGCAGAUGAAUUGCAGAGACUCAUAUCUCUCACAGAUAUGAGAAUUGAGCAGUGCCCAAAACUUGUGUCACUUCCAGGGAUUUUUCCACCGGAAUACAAAGACUUUAUCAACUGUUGUGCGAGUUUGAAGUGGCUACCUGAUGGAAUAUUGACAUAUGGGAAUAGCAGCAGCUCGUCUCCUUGA